UAUAUGCGUUGCUGAAAAAUUGUGUUAAAAUUAAUAUUUACAUAUGAAAUUAAAAAUUAUCAUAAUGGCACAAAAUAAUUCAGAUCCAGGGAAACAUGAAAACAUUCUUUAUAGCCAAGGGUUUAAGUUAAGUUUUAGUAAAAGCGUUGGAGUAGAUUGGAGAGUUCUUGGACUUUGGUUAAAUAUCAAAGAAAACUGUAUUGACAUAAUUGAUCAUGAUAAACCCAAUACCCUUGAAAAAGCAUAUAAAAUGCUAACUACGUGGAUGGAAAUGAAUGAUAAUCCAACUCUUGAGGAGUUAAAAACAGCUUUAAAGAACAUGGAUAGAAUGGAUCUAAUAAGAAAAAUAGAUGAAUUAACAAAAACUUUGAGUUCACCAGAAAGUUCUACUAGAACUUCUUGUAAGAAAGAUAUAUCAGAGAUAUGCACAGCACUCAAAGGUUUUUAUCUUACAAAUUAUGGGAAAAUAAAUGAAGUUCAAGUACCACUAAAAUCACCUGCAAAUGUUGAUUUAAUGCAUAAAUUCGUUGAUCUAUGUAUUGCUGAUGCAGUUAAUGCUCAAACAGAUGCUGUAUUAAGUGAACGCAAAGAAUUUCUUGAAAAGCAAUUGCGUUUUACACCUAUUCCAUAUAGUGAAAUUUUCAUGAAAGACAAAUCUAUAAUAUUAAUAUCUGGAAUAGCUGGUAUUGGAAAAACAUGGUUGCUUAGAAAAUGUUUGCUUGAUUGGUCAAAUGGUCUAAUUUGGGAAAAUGUUAAACUUGUGUUUUAUUUGGAAUGUAAAAGGCUUAAUCAAUAUCAAAGUAUUUCAAAUAUUAAUAAAUUACUAAAUGUUUUCUACAAAGACAUUGUAAAUGAUUUCGAUAUUAGUAUUUAUUCUGCACUGUUUAUAAUUGAUGGAUUAGAUGAGUUUAAAUAUCUAAAUGAGUUAAUAAAUUGCAGUUCGAGUUAUAACUAUCCAAUUGUUAAUGUUUUAACAGAAAUUCAAAAAUAUAAAUAUGUAGUUGCUGGUAGAGUUUAUGCAAUUGAUCAGUUUCAAAGUGUAUCUACAGAGGAUUGUGAUAAGAUAAACAUUCAAAUUAUGGGGUUUAAUGAAGAUGGAAUAAAUAAUUAUAUAGAAAAUAAUGUUUUAGAGGAAAAAAAAGAUUUUGUGAAAACAACUUUGAAGGAAUCUGCAAUUACAAAAUCAAUGUCAUCUGUUCCAUUUUAUUUAUCUUUCAUAUGUAGGAAUAUUAGUAAUUCAAAAAAUUUAUACAAAAAUUCUUUUUUAACAAUGACAGACUUGUAUGCAAAUAUUUUUUUACACUUUUUACAAAAACACAUCAUCAAAAACAAUGAAUCGAUUUCUCAAUUUAUGAAAAACAAAUACAAUAAAAAAUAUAUUUUAAACAUUUGUAAAAUUGCAUAUCAAUUGCUUGUUGAAAAUAAAGUAAUUUUUUCCAAAGAAGACAUUCAAACUUUUAUCAUUGACUUUGAUAAAAAUGAAGAUAAUUUUUUAGGAUUUACUGAAAGGAUUAAAACAAGUCUUGGUGAAUAUAUUUAUCAAUUUGCACAUUUGACAAUAAUGGAGUUUUGUGCAUCUAUAUAUGCAUAUAAUUGUAAAAGUAGUAAAGAGAUUAUGACCAAUGAAAAGCUGAAGAGUUGUUUAUUAAUGAUAUGUGGUUUAACCAAUAAAAAUCAAAAUAGUUCCUUAAAAUUUCUUGUUAACCUAAAUCGUUUAAAAAAAACUUGUGAAGAUUCUUUAUUUUUGUUUUCUAUUUUUGGUAAGUCUAUAAUACUUUGUUGCAUUAUUGUAAGUCAUUUUAGAUAAAAUCGAUUUAUCAAAAGUGUUAGUCUAUUAAAAUCAAAAGUUUAUAAACAUUAAGUUUUUUUAAAGCUGUUUAAAUUUUUCCUUCUCUAAAUGAUAGACUCUAUUUUUUAGUAUUUAUUAUGUUUGACAAUAAUUAACACGUUUUUAAGAAAAAUUUAAAAUAAUUAAUAUUUUUUUAGAAAAUAUAACAAGUAUAAAUAUCAGUUUUGA